CACAAGUGACUUUGACCAUGCUUUGACAAGCCAUGCAAGUGACAACGACAGGGAUCGGUGUCAUCAGCUUUACUCUCUAGAACAGGUUGCACUGUCGCCCAUGCAAAUUACUGUGAAUGCCUGCUCUUCGAGAAUAUGCUGACUGAAUCCCUGGUGUUUUGAUAAAGUUCUGACUGACUCAUACUCGCCAGUGAUGUUAAUGUCGUUAACACCCAGCUACUGAACCACACUAGCCAUGAUCAGACGUCCCAAGCCAGGCGAGACGGAGGAAGACUUGCUGAGGCAGCAAGAGGAAUUCCUGGCUCAACAGCAGUCAUCUGCUGCCAGGGUGGUGAAACGGCCUGACAAACGGAAACCAUCAGCUGAAGGGAGAGCCCCAGAAGAUAAGACGAUUGAAGUCAAGAAAGAUGUCGUGCAACUUGCAGGGUUACCUGUGGCGUCCACAACAUUUGAAUCUGCAGGUUUUCCUCAAAAGAAAAAAUCCAGAUUCAAAGAGCAACAGACAACAGUGACUGGCAGUGAACAGAGAGUGACCUUUGACCUAGACGAGGAUGAAGAUGACCCAGAAGAGGCCAUGGAAAAACGAGACACGCACAUAACAUCUGUCCUAGCUAAAAUUAUGGAACGUGAUGCAGCUCCAACUACUAGAUUUCUGCCCAAGACAUCAAAUCAGGGGUUUCCCUCGGUGCUGCACAGGGGCAUUGGCCUUGACCAGCAGCCAGCAUCAAUUCCCUCCAAGACCAAAAAGAAGCAGAGUUUGUUUGCCCGGCAGUUUGAUAGGUCCUCCCCCUCCAGUUUUGGUGUGACCGCCCACCAUCCAACCACCCGAUCACCAGCCACAAGGACAGCAAACAUCCCCAAAGAUAUGCAGGAAGCCAAGGGGAGCGACAUGAUCAGUGCAUCGGCGGAGAUAAGCGGAUCUUCAGGUCAGGACCGGGAGGAGAUCAAUCGUGACAAUCUGGAUCUGUUAUCAAAGAUGUCAGAGGAAGAAAUACUGGCGGAACAGAGAAAGCUAAAAGCAAUACUUGAUCCCAGUCUCGUAUCAUUCAUCCAGUCGAGGCACAAACAAAAGUCAGCCACAACGGUCACUGCAUCUGACUCACUGACAACCGUUGGCAACUCUGCUGAAACAAGUGAACCUAUGGAGACAGACCGGUCAGCCUGUGAUGAGUCACAACCUGAAUGUCAUAAGGAUCACAAACCUACUGCUGACGCUGUAGGUUUGUCCAGUGAUGAUGCAGUCGCUGAUGCAGUCAAGGAGCCAGAAAGGAUGGAUGAUGGAUCUGUCGAGAAUGUUGAACCUCUUAUGCAAGUCCAAGACGCCUGGGUCCACAUGGACCAGGUGGAGUCGGAGAAGCUGGAGUGGAUGAAGGACCUGCCUAAGCCCUCAGCCAAGUCCAAGGAAGGCGCCCAAGCCAGGUUUGACUUCAACGGUCAGCUGGUGGCCAGGGAUGCCAAGAUACCGGUCAGGGAGGGAUUACACCACCAUGGAGAAGAGCAGGAGGUUCCAGGAUACUCACUUGAGGAGUUGUUCACCUUGUCUCGUAGUGCUGUCACUCAGCAGCGAGUAUUGGCACUGCAGACACUCGCAAGGGUCAUCUAUAAUUGUCGACUGAAUCAGCUUGGUGGGGAGCUCCUAGAGCCCCUGAUACCCAAACUCCUCGAGGCAGGGGCGCUGUUUCUGCUGAGAUGGUCUCUAGAUAACAGCAACGAAGGGGUGAUUGCAGCAACUAUGGAAGGAUUAGCAGCUCUGCUUGUACAACCAGGGGACGAGAUCGUUGUGGACAGGGUUUUUAAUUGGCAUCGGGGUAUGGAGGCCACACCCCUGCAUCCUGGCUCCUCCCUGAAUGAUGCGGAGGAUGUGACAGAAGAAGGGGAGGAGAUACAGGAGAAGGAUAAGUCCGAUCCUCAGGUUGCUAAGCAGGAUGCCAUCAAGGGUCUUCUGCGUAUGAAGAUCCUACAGAGGCUCCGCUACAUCCUGGAGGUAGUCCGGCCUCCGGCCCCUGUCGUCCUCAAUGCCUUGGCCAUCCUGGUGAGAAUCUCUCACCACUCCAAGGAAGCUGCUUACAAGGUCAUGAAAAGCCCCCGUCUCAUGCCGACCAUUCUGAGAGAGUUUCUGCCGACAGCGGCUUGGAAACAUCAGGAGGGUGUCGUGAGUGAUGUGUACGGGUACCCUGUGGUCUUGGCAAUGAAGCUGGUCAAAGUCCUUUGCGUGGCAGGCAGAAACAUUGCUGCGUCUCUUCUGUCUGGUAAUAGGCUGAUGGCAGCUGUUGUGCGAUACAUAUCCGUCGAGCCACCAGAUAUGCAGCUGAACAUUGCUGAGGCAUAUGAGCUGAGCACAGCGAGCCUGCAGGUGUGGCGGGUGUGUGUGGGUUAUGGACUGGCCUGUGAUGACUACAGAGAGCUCUAUCCUCUGCUCAUGCAGCAACUUAUGCUGUUCCAGAGAUUGUCAGUCCACCCUCUGCCAUCUUCAGAGGAAGAGUCCGAUGUUGCAGUGCAUAGGUUACAGAUAAACCGAGCUGCAGCAUUCCUUGGUUUACUAGAGGGGGUAGUGAAUGUCGCUGGAACGGCUGCUGAGUUGCAGGCCAAGUUGUCAAUGAGUAAUGACAAGACACAGACUACCUCCUCAGAGCCCCAACCAGCACCCCCCAGCAUCAACUGGAGCCACGUCUGUGGCCUGCAAGCACCUCUGGAGUUCUGCGGUCAGAGGUGGCUGGGUGAGAUGACAGGUACCACGCAGACCCUCGACGCGGAGGUGAUGGACCUGGUCUCCUGCCUCCUCAACCUGCUGGCAUCAUUCUAUGCCAAGUACACGCAGCAGACUUGUUACCGGCCAGUAGAAUGCUUGCAGAAUGUUGAGAAGUUGGUUUACUAUUCACUGGUACCCUUCAUGACCUCAGCUACCUUCUACAAUGUCAUGGUCAAUCUCAAACUUCAAUCCACGCUACGGUUCAGAGAAGAGGAGGUAUCAACAUGUGCACCAUCAUUACCUGAUCUUGGUUGUGACCCUCAUAACCAUGAGAGAAACUACCCAUCGGUGAGGAAAGACUCGUCGUGCGGUCUAGCCAUUGGCCUGCUCAGAUUGGUACACACGUUACUUCAGAUCCACAAGGGAAUUGCUGCUAAGUUCUGUCCAAUUGUUGAGAACACCUAUGUGACAGCCUAUUUAAAGAGGAUUUGUAAGAAUACCCAGAAGCCUUCCUCACACCUCGGGUGCUGCUUUGCUAGAUUUGAACACCAAGCUCUGUACUACCUCCUAAGGCUCUAUCAUUGUGUGGCUCAACAAGCAGAGAGUUGUCAUCAGUACAGCAACCUGUACCACAGCGCUGCUCUGUCCCUCUUUGUCCACCUACAACCUGGAGAUGAGUAUUAUGUCCAUGAUCUCAUGUCUAGUGUCCUCUUCAACACCGAUUUCAUAGCUGAGGGUAGAAUCGGUGAUCCCAUUGCAGCUGACUUGGCUGAUCUUCUCAGUAUGACAGCCCCUCAAACAUCAGUAGCUCCUAGCCUAAGCAAAACUGAACCAAGUCGAGGCGAACUACUGCAAAGAGCCUAUGAGCACCUAGUCAGUAUACGCAAUAUUUACAUGGUGUUUUUUGGAACGGAUCUGGAGUCAUUGGCAAGGUCAAGAUGCAAGUCAUUGCAUCAACCGCAUGCGAUAGAUUCAUUUAUGUUGCCAGCCUUCACUGGUGCCCUGCUGCCUGUCGAUUGGAUGUUUCUCCCACUCCUUCACUUGUACACAGAAGCGCAGAAGGCUGAGAUGCAUGGGAAGUCACUCAAGGCCCUGCCUCCUCACAUCCUGAGCGCGUUAGUGGACACGUUACGCUGGAUCUACAUGCUGGAGACAUGGAGGCCCCAGAGUCUGAAGAUGGUGCCCCAGACAGCCAAGAUAGCUCGCCUCUUUUGUGUCUUCCUCAUAGGGAGUGACCUGUUCUUAGAAGACUCAGUCCGUCAUUACCUCAGCCCACUACUGAGGCUGUACACCCAACCAGACUAUCUGAAGCUCGUAGACUUUGAUGUAGCAGUGCCUGGGGUCUCUUCUUUCUACGACCUUUUCAUGGAGCUGUUGACGCAGUAUGAGGCUGUCUCCUUCGGGGAUCCUCUCUUUGCUCACUUUGUGUUGCUGCCAAUGCAGCAGAGAUUCAGUGUCGGGAUACGCAAAGCUCUGUGGUGUGAACACGCAGAUGCGCUCAGAGCUCUCAAUCUUCCUGUCGCUCAGCUGAUCUUGCCGAUUGAGAACUUCCUGCAUCCCCAGGAAACCAACCUAGAGCUCUUAAAAAUCUACUUGAGCUCAAUUAUCAAAGGUGCUGUCAAGUCCACGUGGUCUCCAAUCAUGUAUGUCGUGGCCCUCCAUCACCUGAACGGAUUUCUCUUCGGCCAAACCGGUUCAGACCAGCUGGAUGUGGUACAAGCCAGACUCAGGCUACUCAGGCAGGUGCUGGCCAUCAAGGACCAGAUGAUACAGCAUCAUCUGACCUGCUACCAAGGCAUUGACUUCUCCUCACCACUUGGAUUCAAUCUGUAUCCUUCAAUCCCUCCGGAAAGAGCCAUCAUCUUACAAGCUGCGCAGAAGAGGUAGCGCACAGCUAGCUCCACGGGGUGCCAAUCUUUUGAGGGUAAGUUCUGUUAUCUUUGACAGAACUUUUACAGAUUCCAUAUGGAGUCUGUGCUCUAACUGGCUCUCUCUUGUUGCAUAUUUGAGGAGGCUAAUGAUUUCCAUUUUACUGUCAGAAUUCGCAAAACAAUUUGAACAAAUAACAGUUAAGUGAUACUUCCAGUUUUCAUUUGAAUGUGCAUAAAGGAGGAUUCGCUUUGCUCUCGAGUGGUUGUGUAAGAGAAGCGUCUUCCAUUUUUGAUGCGUGAUAUGUGACACUGAUGUGUUGUCAAUGACAAGUAUUUUUGACUGGAGAGAGUUGUGUGCACCCCAUGGUUUUGCUGUAGUUGUGGAAACUACACACAUUUUUACACAGAUGUUGGGGGGGCCAAAAAUGUUAUGGAGACAAAUUUUGUGACCUCAAUUCAGUCGCGAAUUUCCUGUUAGAUGUCACUACAAUCAUUCCAGAAUAUAAUGCCUCAUGUCAGUGUUUGCCAUAUGCCUUCAUAGGAAGUCCCGCAAAAUUAUUGUUUCUUGUUAACUUUCAAACUAUUCUGCUUUCCUGAAGAAAAGAAAUUCAUAACAUGGAAUCUUAAUAAAUCAUCGCAGUACUAAGUGAGUCUUUUGUCUGUAGCUGGCUGUUAAUAGAUUAUCUUCUGAAUAGAUCUUUGGUCUGAGACUCACAGUAGUGGUUCAUACUCAUUCGUAUUUCAUAAGACAAUAUAACCUGCAAUUUCCUCUGCCUUUAGAAGGAUUUGAAAGAUGCAUUCUGAACUACAUGCACAUGUACAAUGUAGCUGUGAGGUGUUUCAUUUGUAUGCUGACAAGUUGGUCAACGUUGCACAUGUAUUCACCCAAGGUGUGGGAUGAAUUAUACAUCGUGUUCACCUCAGUGUUAUAUAGUGGAAACAUGUUGGUCGGAAGAAGCCGUCUGACGCCGACUUAGAUGAACCCGUUCUGUCAAGUGACGUCAGCGACUUCAUUAUGAGUUUCAAUCAUUAACUCGCCAUGCAUUAAGUCUCAGCUGAAGAGUUGUCUGUUUGACAAACGAAAAGAAUUCCUCUCUUAAACUUGUGCUUGUGGGCAACAGAAUUGCUACUGAUUUGAUUUACGAAUGCUUUCCAUUAAAAAUCUUGUGCAGGUUUUUUUGGUGUUACAUCAAAUUAAGUUGAUUUUCAUUGCUUAAUUAUUUUAGAGACUGGUACGCUGUUACCUCAAUACUUCCAUGUACAAACCACAAGAAUUCUUAGUGGUGGACUUGUUAAACUCUUGCAAUUUUAAUAUUUGUUUUCCUGACAGAAUCGCGAAUGUUGAAGUGUUGUUGAGGAUGUAGUGAAGCGAAUCAUUGAUCGUUUGGGAAAAUGAAGUUAAAACUGCAGGCAGCAAAGAAACUGAUUUCAGUGUUCAUUAAAUUGUCCUGCCACUCUAGACAACAAAUCAGUCCCUGUGUGGAUAAUGUAAAAGAUGUCACGCCCAGUCUUAAUCUAGUUUGCUAUCUCAUUGUCACAGAGGCAAAGAUUGUAUCACACAUGUAGUAAAUUGCUCAGAAUUGUUUGGAAAGAUCUGUACAUCAUCUACAUUUAUUGAAUUAUAGAUAAGUUCCGCAGGCAUCAUGUACGUGUUUCCAUCAGCAAGUUGUCCCCACAGCCCUCAAGCUUGUUAAAAAAACAGAACAGCGGUCCACUUCACCACAGAAACUAGAUCAUCAAUAUAACCGGGGCAGUCUGGCUCAUGGACCUGCUGGCAUGUUUGUCUGUCUGUCGGUCCAGGCGGCUUCAACCGUUCUGCCCUGUCUUGCCCUCAAGCUCAGCAUGAGUCAUGUUUGCACCUACGCAUACUUCACACUUCAAUCAAUCGAGGGGGGGGGGAACGGGGAGCAGAUUUCAUCAAUAAACUCUGUCAGGCCUUCUGGGCUCUCAUUAGAAGAAAUAUUGAAAUGGUGGAGGUAAUGAGUUAUCUGGGGGGGGGGAGGCUGAAUGUUCAUCAGGAAUUAGACCAAACUAGCACGCGUGAAGGAUUUGGUGUUGCAGCCUGAAACAUGUACGUGCAUUUGAUAUAUCAAGCCGAAUGCAAAUGACAUCAAGUUACACUUUGGUAUUAAAAGUCGACAUGCUGAGGAGUUGGAUCUUAUUGCAUUUACAUAUUGCUUUCUGUAUAUAGUAUUUUAUGUAAUCAAUUAUUAUUGAUUGAUUUGGACAUGUAAUUCCAAUAUUAAACCUUGUUUUAAAACUUUGUUUUACUUUUGGACUGAGACCAGUUGAUACAUUUUGUUUGAAUAAGGCAUUUUUGUGUUAAUUUUUUGUGUCUUUUUGAAUGAAAAUUGUCAGGCCCUGAGGGAUGUGUCUUUCCCCUUUAACAGUAAUGUUUUUGUCUGUCUGGAAAGGUCAAAACAAGAAUGGUUAGAUCCAACAUAGCAGUUGUGCACCUGUCCCAUCUUCAGCCUGGAUGCCAUGCUGAAACUGCAGCAUACAGUACCUGAAGGGAUAUUGAUCUUAUGCAGUGUUUGGUCUUGUUUUUUAAUCUUCUUCAUUCUGAAAGAAUGAAGGUUUAAGGACUUCAUGCUUGGAACAUUUCGUGUAAAUGUACGUCACUUGUGGCAUUGAAAGAGUAUUCACAGAAGCAGUCAUGGGCAAACAGUAAUCAGAUGGGAAUCUAAUAAGAACAUCUAAUUAAAACCCAGUGACUGGUUGCAGCCAUGAGUUGAACAUCUGUUCAAAUCACUGCAGCAUGUGCUGCUCUUAUCUUGUCGGGUUGUUGUACUUUUUGAAGAAAAAAGGGUACAUCAUUAUAAAAUGAGACACCAAGCAUAUGCCAAGUGACGUAGUCACAGCUCCAAGUGAUACAACUAGCAGAAAUGAGGAAUACCAUGAGAAAAUGUUGAACAGUGACUGAACUGUACGAGGUGUGGUGGAGCCCUGGUUGAUUUUUCCUGUAAAAGGAUGUAGGCUCUGAGGGACAGAAUUUACGUUUAUUUUUAGACCGAAGUUGCCCAUAUGCAUUUAGUCACAAAGCAAAUGACAUCAUUACCUCAAAUUGGAAUCAAAUCACAACAAAACCUGGGACUUUUUAACCAAGAGGCAGUGUUGGCCAAAGUUCUGUGGCUUUUUCCCAAACAAUUUACGAAUGCAAGGUUUGAAUUUUGAAGUACAUGUAGAAAUUCUUGUGGUGAUUUUUUUUUCUGGUGACAUUGCUCUUUGGCACCUUGAUUUUGCUGUAGUCGGUUGAAUCAUGGUAUCUUGGAGUGUGGUUAGCCACAUGGAAGUAAAUUUACAACUUUAAAGAAAUUCUGGAAGUACUAAAAGCUAAAUAAAAAGAUCCUUAGAAAUGUGUGAGAGUGUUUCAAACUAUCUGAAACGUGUACAUGUAUAAGUUGUUUCAAUGUUAAUAGGCUGUCUGCCAUGGUUUUCUAAGUGAAAAAGUUCUUCAUAGUUUCUAGUCAAGUCUUAUGAAUGGACUUUCAUGGUUUAAUUACUGAAAACUGACUGAUAACGAAUUCUGAAUCAGCCCAGCUCUUGAAUGUAAGGCGAAAAAAAAGUAGUUAAGAGCUGUUCAGACUGAUGUUCCGGGGAUUGAUGUGGCGACAUUUUUUUUAUCCUUCAGGGUUGGAUUGUACAGAAAAUUGUAGAUACAUGCUUUUGGGUUAUGGAACGAAACCAACUUCAUUAUGAUUAUAAGCUAACAACAACUUUGUGUCCAUAGUCUGCUAUCAUUGUACAAACAUCCAUCUCCUGGUGACUUAUCACCCUGAGUAAAAGAUCGAGCUGCCCACAAAAAUGUUGAGGCAGUGCGGCAAUAGAGGGUGCUGUUGCAGCUCUUUUAAAAAAGAAAGAAAAAAGAUUGACGCACAUGUUUGAAAUCAAUGCACAAGCUGACCAGAGACGAAAGACUUUUUUUUGCCGAAACAAGAACUGACUGUUGAAAGUUGUCUGCACCAGCAGUGAAGCAUGGGCCAGUGGCUGUACUUCGGAAAAGGUCAGGGUAUUUUCAGGCCCCAUCUAAUGAGAAAGAGACUGUGAAAUUAUUCCUUCACAAGAACAUCCUCUGUUCCUGCAUUCACCCAAGCAUGAAGCAUGACUGAUCAAGCAAAGAACAAACCCAGGUCAAUUAUGUUUUUUUUCUGAUGACUUCUUGAACACACGACCAUUGAUGAUUUUGCCACAACUCAGUGUUAUGGUUGUUAGUAUACACUGAAGAAAUUUGGAUAUGAAACGUUUGUGGACUUUUGUUUAAAAUUUCUCAUAUGUUUGGUGAUAUGAAGGGGAUUUGUUUUUAAUUUUAAAAAGAAACAUGUUUAUGAAACAUGUUUAUUUCCUUUUACAGUGGAAUUUCGCUGCAUUUUUUAGCCUGUAGUAAUUGUAUGUAAUAAAAAGGUAACACUUUUAUGUGAAAGGUUUCACUUUCUUUCUGUGCUGUAAGAAAGUAAAUUGCUCGGCCAGCAACUUCAUAUGUGUAGAAUAAAUUGAUGUUAUUCCACGUUUUCCAGUA